CUAGAGGCUCCCCCUCCACCACCUCGGAGGGGAGGUUCGCAGCAUCAAAUUUGUCCUGGCAGUAAUUGCAACGGAACGGCUACCACAUUCCUACAGCUGAGUCAGGAGCAUCUGAAGCAGCCGGGAAUGAAACUUUUCCCCAAUUACACCCCACCGAUUCCACCGCACACCGGCACCAGUAGUAACGCAAGCUCCGGCAACUUCUCGACGUUGUCCAACAAUGUCAACAACCAUCACUAUCACCAAAUCACCUAUCAGACGCAAACCCUUGCACCGCUACGGCUGAAUCAGGACCACUUUAAUGCCAAAACGAACACCCUCGGCGGUGGAGGGUUGGCCGUCUGUUCCGGCCAGCCAAAUGGUCGCCAGAAAUAUCAGACCCAUCACCACCACCAUCAUCACCAGCACCACCACCCACAACACCAACAGUCCCAUCAUCGUCAGUUGUCCGACCACGAACUGGACGACGAUGUGUUCGACGAUAAUGAGGAUGACAGCAACAAUAGUGGAACCACAUCGCCACCACCAUCGCAACCACCGCCGCAAACGUCACCGUCCACACCGACACCCCCGGAACUGCCGAUCCGCAAUGGGUUGGUAGCAAAUUACAAUGUAAAUACACUUAAUCACAUCAACAAUAAUACCGUCGCCAUUGCCGGCAGGGCUGCCGGUGGUGGUGGCGGUGGUUGUGUCAUUCGAGAGAAUGGCAUAAAAAUGUCAUCUCCCGGUACGGUUGCCAUCACGUCCGGCGAACGGCCCGUUUUGACGAACGGUGGGGGUGGAACCGGCGGCGGUAGGAAAACAAUGCGACACUAUCACUGAUAGGGGGAUGUUCUCGGUAGAGCAAGUGGCGGCGAGCUUUCGGUCGGAGCGAGAUCAGCCAGAAUGAACUGGUGAAGGACUAGCUGUACAGUACAGACUAUUUAUCAUUAUUGUGAUUUUUAAGAAAAGCUAUUAUGUAUUGUAAUGUAACGGAUUAGAAUGGAUUCCCCCGUGUCACCUCGAAUUUGAAGGUUUGCAAGGAUAAGGAGUGCUUAGUUGGUUGUUUGUUGCUUUUGUGGACCUACCUCGGGAAAUAUCAGUUGUUGCUAGAGAAGAUACUUUAUUAUGCUUAGUUUGAACUUGUCUCGAACUUUUUGGUUUUUGUUAAUAACAUCAGAGAAAAUUAAUUUGUGUUAUUAUGAACCUGCAAAGAAACUUCCACACAGUUUCAGAACUGAGAGAAACAGGUUCGCUAAAUGUAUAUUCGCCGUUAUUAUUCCUAUGUAUAAUAACAGAUAAAUUCUUCUUCCCACAUUCAAUUCACAAAGGAAACUGUCCUGAUUGAAUUUAUCAAAUUGAAAUAAUGAUCUUCAGAAUGGCACUUCCAGGAAAGCUAGUUGACUAGCAAGUAUCAAAGCAUUUGCUUUGGUGUUUAUACUAAGCAAACUUUUGCGAUACUUUUCUGUUAACAAAGCACAAAUAAUCAAAAUGGCUAAUGCAGCUUCGUCUCGUCGUUUUUGUUUGUAAAGAGGAACCAGAAUUUGAUUUCCUAAAAUUAAUAAUGUAAUGUAUUCGGCGAAAAGACUCACUCCCACUUAGGAUGCAUUCUCCGCUCGGUGGCAAUUCUAUUUGGAGAAAAAAAGAUCCCGCAACUGUGGAGAGUUGAUUUUUUUCAUUUCUUGAAAAUAUCACAAAAACAUUGCGAUGUAAUACCUGGUACAGGAAACUAGAAACGGGUAAUCUGUUAGCGAACGGCUAAAAAAUAACUAGUUAUUUUUGAAAGAAAGAAUAAUCAGGAUAAAAUUUUACUUCUAAUCCAUGCAAAAAAUCAGUACUCAUUAUUAAGGGGCUGCAUACCUUUCAGCUCAAGAAAAAAUCCCAAUUUUUUGAUUACUCUAGAAAGUAUGCAAAUGAUUUUAUUUCAAUGAAUUAAAAACUUCAAUAGUACAUGUUUUGUUAUAUUUGGGAAAAUUUUUGAAUCAUCACUUGAGUACUAAGCCUUGGUAUUACAUUCCUGUAGUGAAAUUUGACCUCCGGUUUCAACAGACAUCGCAGCCGAUUCAGAGUGUACAGAGCCAAUGUAUGGCUGGUGCUACGAUUCUUCUGACACUACAACACUUGAGUACUAACCACACCAUAUUAUUAGCACUUUGCUAGGGGUGUAUGUAUUUAACUAGGGAUCUAAUUACCGGACGAUAUACUAUGCGUGGGCAAUGCGCAUAGUUUCGUUUCAGUAGGCUAGCUCUGUACUUAGCAACGGAUCGGAAACUUUAUAUGAUUUGAUAUUUAUUGAAAAAAUUCAGAACAUGUCAAUUUAUUCUAAAAAACGUGAUUAAUCCACCUAGCAGUGAGAUGAUACCUUUUAUUAUAAAUCCGCAUGUGUUUUUUGCAUGGAUAUUCUUAGGUGUUUCAGUUCUCAUGACAUUAUUUUAAUUAUCGUCGUUUUAAACGGCAAAUAGAGAUUUUAAUCACUCAUUACCCUGUAAUGCCGAAACUGCAAAUCGUAUCGAAUUUCAAUCUUAACGUGUGACAAUCGAUUGAACAUUCCAUGAGAUGUCGAAGUAAGUUCCACUUUAGAGUUUUUCGUCAUCAUUUAUGGUACUUCCAGAGCCGGUAUUCAGGAACUGGCAUAACCCAAAAUGAUUCGAAUGGCCUUAAAUCAAUACGCCAAACAAUUUACAUCUUCUGUAUCGGUAUGAAUUUUUAAAGCUCAUCAUCUGUAAUUCCAGAAUCGGAUAAAAUUCAUCAAUUUUGUAUGGGACCUUAAGUCCGGAUUUGUAUUUUGUAUGGGACCUGAAUUUUUGUUUUUGAAGUUCAAUUUGGCGAAAAUGAUCGAGAAAUUUUGAGAAAAUGAUUGAGCUUUGAGAAACGAUUCGAUACUGGAACCGGAAUUCUAAAAUCGAUGCAGCCGAAAUCAGUUAAAUUCACCAGGAACCUUGUUUAGGAGCAUACGAAUUUUCAUAUGAAUCUGAGUUUGUAGAAAACGGUUGAGUCAUCUUCGAAAAAAAGGUAAAAAAUUGAGUGAAAUUAUUUGUCACACACGCAUUUGCUGAUCUCGACGAACUGAUUCGAAUGGUAUAUGGGUGUUUUGUUCCUCCAGCAUUUAUUGCUGUAAGCAAUUUAAAUCAAUAUAAUUAUGAAAUUGUUCUGAAUUCGGAAGUACUGCCGUCUUUCCAAUAUAUCAUAUUCGAACGAUUAUGUUGCCAAAAACGAACCGUGCUAAAAUCGGUUCGAGGCUAAAUGUCAUGAAAAAGGAUGCUGUCUUUUUGGUACUUAGAAACAAUUGUAUGUAACAGUAUGAAAAAUCUUGUUUUCCGUUGCUCCCAAGCAUUUCUUUGUCAUACAGCGCUCAAAACUCCCACUGCUGGAAUAGGGGGAAAAGUCGCUUACAGAAAAAUUUCGAUAUCUCCGUUAAAAAUGGACGGAUUUUAACAAUCUAUGGCUUGUUGAAUAGGUAUUACCGUGCGGAAUCUAACUCUGAAGACAUAUACUGGUUUCAAGGUCAAUUGUGACAGAUACUGUCAAAAAACUGAAAAUUUUGACAUAAAACUUCGUAUAAUUCAAAAAGUAAACAUCCGAUCCCAAAACCAUUCAAUAGCAUUCUGGGUGACGGGGAGACCUUUCAUUUGCGACUAGUUCAAAAUCAAAAUCGGUCCAGCCAUCUCUGAGAUCUCGACCUCUUAGUUGACAACACACAUACACACACACACACACACACACACACACACACACACACACACACACACACACACACACACACACACACACACACACACACACACACACACACACACACACACACACACACACACACACACACACACACACACACACACACACACACACACACACACACACACACACACACACACACACGGACAUUUGCUCAGUUCGUCGAGCUGAAUCGAUUGGAAUAUGACAUUCGGCCCUCCGGCCUCGGAAAAUUUUUUAAAGUUUGAGCGAAUUCUAUAAUUAUUUUUUUAUAUUUAUAAAAAAAGGUAAAACAGAAAUAACCCUAAAUAUGGACCAAGUAUGUUGUGCUUUAUUUCGGUAAAAUAAAAUAACCCAAAACAAUCACCAAUCAUCAUAUUGUGUUAAAUCCAUACAGACAAAGUAUUUUAAGGAUGUAACUUGUUAGUAAUUUUUUUUGCAUAUAUCUUCAAAAUAAAAUUACUAAACUCCAAGUUUAUAUUUAUACUCUGUACAUCGUCUCUUUUUUUGAGACGAGUUGCUCUAUCAAACUGUGAAUUUGGUUUUCGUCUUCAGUUCUUACAAUUUUUAAUUUGACUGAUGUUCAAAUGCCUUAAUUUAGGACCUAUACAAGUGCUCACUGGUAGGUCCACUCCUUUGUGACAGAUCAUUCAAUGGCAUUUCAAAUCAAUGAACCUGUGUGUCUUGAUCAAAUCACAUUGAGAAGACAGUUCGUUGCUAGCUAGCCGUGCUUUUGCUACAAUAGGAGGUAGCAACACGUCAUAUAUCAUCAUGCAUGCUCGAAUGCUAACAAAAAUUUGUCUACAGCAUAUGUUUGCAUUAGAAUUAUUGAUAAAAUAACCAUUAUUGGUGAAAGAAAUAUCCUAGUGCCAUUAGCAGAACGCAUUACCUUGUUGAAACGCCGUAAGAAGAGCUUCGGCGUAACAACUUGCAAAGUGAACGACGUGAUAGAAAAACACGAUUAAUUUCCAGAUCCCAAACUUUCAAGGGCUACAAGAAGUGCUUUUUUCUUGAAAUUGGUAUGAGAAGCGAGACUCCUGUCCAUUACUUUUGAUUCAAAAUUAUGAAUUGUGUUGAAAUGAGAUAUUUUUUUGUGUACCAUUCUUUAUCGCCUGUUAAGUUUGUUUGGUCUAAAAUGAAUACAGAGUGUACACUGAGGUGCAAAAAGGGACUAUAUCUAAUUUCGUAAAGCGGUAGUGCUCAACAGUUUAAGCAUCUCAAGAAGUCCCUAUGCAAAAGAGAUUUCUCAAUUCUCAAGUCCAUUUAAAAAUACUUUUUUUUAGAUAUUUUCAGUUCUCAACGUUUUAUACAAUUCUAAUAUAUUUGUCAUAAAAAAGUUUGAUUUCGGAAAUCUCAAAAUUUCAAAGUACCAAUUCUCCUGUAGAGGCGCUUCGAGCAGUCCAGUAAUCCAUUAUGGGCUCUUGCGUUCGAGCUUGCAUACAAUGCACUAUGGUCCGAAACGGAAAAUUAGCGUGACAAAAAUAUUUUCACUUUAAAUAUUAGCUUUUUGCAGUUGGUGUCUUGACGAAAGUUGUGUGUAAUCAAAUGGCGCUACUUUUGAUGAAAAAAGUUACUAGGGUGGUCCUCAUUUAGAUUAAAAUCUGGAAUCUAACUUUCUUAAUUGAACUCAAAAAUGAUUUUGGUGUACAAUAAAGUUGUAGAAAAUUUUAUUUUCGAUAGCUUUGCUGAAAAAAGCACCUCUCUAGCUUUUCCUUUGAUCGAGUUACAUAAAUUUUCCCGAGUAAAAGUAGGGUGGCUCCUGAAAUAUCACUUUUUUGUUAUAACUUUUUUAUGAAACGUUCUACUGAAAAGGUGUCUUCAGAGGAGUUGUUGAACUAAUUGUUGCGCAUAAUUUUGUUCAACCAAGCUUUUUCAUAUGAGCUACCAAUAAAAAGUUAUGAUUGAUUUUUCUACAAAAACUAGUCAAGCUUCAAAUAUCAAUAUUCAUUAGAUGCCAGAUCGAUAAAAAUGUAUCCUUUCUUCUGUUUUCAUUAACAGGAGCGCCAUUUGAUUACACACAACUUUGACACCAACUACAAAAAAACUAAUAUUUAAUAGUGAAAAUAUUUUUGUCACGCUAAUUUCCGGUUUCGGACCACUGUGCAUUGAUAAUUCAUGCGUGUAAGGUCGUGUGCAACGGUGAUUUUUAACUGAUUUUUACUUGUAUGUUUUACAACGGUUUUUGAAAAAGUUUGUACUAGCUCAGAUGUCUGUUCUCUGUGCCCUAAUGUACACAAACCGAAAUCAUGAUGCCAAUCGGAUCUCAUACAGAGCUGCUAAAUGUCACUAUCAACGAGCAACUUUGCACAACGAAGUUUGGAAAGUUUAUGUCACUGGACUGCUGCCAACCAGACUCUACCAAUUAUCAUAUAUUGCGUGUCUGAGAGCCGAUCUGUCAUAACUUAAAUUCUCUUGAUAUUAAACUCACCAGGACGCUCAUUGAUUGCCGAUGCGAUUGAUAUUAUCUUCAUUUCUCCUGUCACUGCUUGAUUACGAUGUGACUAAAUAUUAAUCAAGCAGCAUAAACAUUGAAUUGAAUUCAUGUACACCAAUAAACUCCGAAAUUCGAUGACUUUUUACAAGGAACAAUUAACUUUAACAAUCUAUGUUUAUGUUAUGUUGGAAUUUUUUACGUCAACAGGGAAUAGGAGAAUGAGAGAGAGAACAAAAUGCGUCACCUGUCUUUGACUGAGUAUACUUCUACUUGGUCAUUGAACUAUCGAGUAUCUCAUUUGACAGACACUUUGAUCGUACCGAUUACAGUUGACGAUGAUUUUGGUCAGUCUGUCAAGGUCAUUUGACAUGACUGACAAUUUGCAGCUCUGAUCUCAUACUAAAACAAAUAUUCCGUUCUAGAGGGUGUAUAAUCGAGAAGUGUCUCUUUUUUCGAUAUUUGGCAGACAGUGUUCUACUUAUUCCUGAAAAUCGUGUCCUCUCAUCGAACAACUAACGAUGUCUACAAAGCCGAUUUUUAUCUCUUACCAGUUGAGCACAAUUGAUUGAGUAUGGAAAACGGUGAAGGCAUUCAUUAUUCAAGACACCUAAAAAUCCUAACAAAUUUGAAGUUUUUUUUAAUGUUUCAAUCAAAUGAAUGCGGUUGCCACAUUGUAAUUCCUAAAAUAUACAUUUCUGCACAAAGUUUCUAUCAGUUAUCAUUGCAACCUUCGCUGACGUACAGAACGUCAGUUCUUCAUUGAACAUAAAUUAGUUAGGAGGGAACUUUCAGUUUUCAUUUUAAUUACAUUGGAACACAUCUCAAUACAUUUCAAACAGUCGAAAAAUAUCGUUUCAAACUUGCUGGUGAUAAUCGAAAACUCAAAUGAGAACCGCCACCCUUUAUUUAUAAUUCUGGCCGGAGAGAGUGUUGGUGACUAGAUACGGUUAUUCAAUUGACGAUGAAUUCUGGGGAGCUUCAUUUGAGUAUGACAACAGAAGUGAAAUGGAUGUGCCGACAGUCAAUAGUCAAAAAGUUUCAUUUUGAUCUAAUAACAUUCGAUUGAAAUGAAAUUUUACCGCUCUGUUCAAUCGAAAUGUCGUUCAAUUUUUAAAUUUUAAUCUGUGUUCAAUCGCAUCCCAUGAUAGUUAAAAUGAUAAAACAGUUUCAGUGAUUGGAGUGCUAUUGGAUUGGAUUGGACAGCUCGAGCCCUGUCUUUGAAGAGAACAUUUGCUUUUAUUACCAAUCUCAUUCUAUCAUCCUGUGAUUCCCAAUCGUUGAUUACUGAUUAGAAUGUUAAGUUAAUAACAGUUCGGCUGAAAAGUUCGUAUCGUUUAAUAGAAACACACAUUUUUUUGCCAAAAUUCGUUUUUAUUAUUCAACAUAAUUGCCAUCAGAGGCGAUACAGCGAUUAUAGCGAUCUUCCAACUUUUCGAUACCAUUUUUGUAGUACGAUUUGUCCUUUGCCUCAAAAUAGGCCUCAGUUUCAGCGAUUACCUCUUCAUUGCUUCUAAAUUUUUUACCAGCGAGCAUUCUCUUGAGGUCUGAGAACAGGAAAAAGUCACUGGGGGCCAAAUCUGGAGAAUACGGUAGAUGAGGAAGCAAUUCGAAGCCCAAUUCGUUCAAUUUCAGCAUGGUUUUCAUCGACUUGUGACACGGUGCAUUGUCUUGAUGAAACAAAACUUUUUUCUUCUUCAAAUGAGGCCGUUUUUUUGAAAUUUCGUCCUUCAAACGCUCUAAUGACGCUAUAUAAUAGUCACUGUUGAUGGUUUUUCCCUUUUCAAGGUAGUCGAUGAAAAUUAUACCAUGCGAAUCCCAAAAUAUAGACGCCAUAACCUUACUGGCCGAUGGUUGAGUCUUUCCACGCUUUGGGUUCGGUUCAUCGCGUGCAGUCCACUCAGCUGACUGUCGAUUGGACUCCGGAGUGAAGUGAUGGAGCCAUGUUUCGUCCAUUGUUAUAUAUCGACGAAAAAAAUCGGUUUUAUUUCGAUAUAACAGCUCCGAACACUGCUCAGAAUCAUCAAUUCGUUGUUGUUUUUGAUCGAUUGUGAGCUCACGCGGCACCCAUUUUGCACAAAGCUUUCUCAUAUCCAAAUAUUCGUGAAUAAUAUGUCCAACACGUUCUUUUGAUAUCUUUAGGGAAUCAGCUAUCUCGAUCAACUUCACUUUACGGUCAUUGAAAAUCAUUUUGUGGAUUUUUUUCUCGUUUUCAUCGGUAACAGCCUCUUUUGGACGUCCACUGCGUUCAUCGUCUUCGGUGCUCAUAUGACCAGUACGAAAUUUUGCAAACCACUUACGAAUUGUUGCUUCGCCCGGUGCAGAGUCUGGAUAACACUCAUCAAGCCAUUUUUUGGUAUCGGCGGCACUUUUUUUCAUCAAAAAGUAGUGUUUCAUCAACACACGAAAUUCCUUUUUUUUCAUUUUUUUCACAAUAACAAAAGUAGCUUCACUCAAAAUUCAAUAUCUCACAAACUAAUAAUCAGACAGCUGUCAAAUUUAUACACGUAUCUUUUGAAGGUUGGCACUAACUGAAAAUGGUAUAGUUUUAAUUCUAGUGGCGCCCUCUCAUAGAAACGAUACGAACUUUUCAGCCGAUCUGUUACAUAUAAUGAUUACUUUUCGACAUAUCGAGUGGAAUCAUUUGAAUCUUCAGAAGUCGUCGGUCGUACAACGACCCGAUCGAUUGUUUUGUAAAUCCUACAACCCGGCAGCCUUUCAGGUUGCAACCCAAGUUGGCCUAUUUUCUGUUUAAAAUUCACUCAUGCAUAAACAGUCGCAUCGGUAACAGUGGAGAACAUCAUUUACCUAUAAUAACUAAGUCUCGAACUCAAAGCAAAACUUUUCUGCUAUUUCGAGUGGUAAUCAAAGUGCACAUUAGAUCACUGUAAAACUGUGUCACUUUCCUUGCUCUGUUAUUCGAACUAGGCCAAACAUGUAGUUUGCAUCAUACGCCUUGGUAGGUUCGCCAUCCAUACUCCCAAGCCUAAAAUCAGAGCGAUGUUCCAUGAUCCGCUUUCCGUAGGCCAUGGAAGGAAGUAAUAGUGGUAAAAAAAAGCUUCGGUCUCUGGCUACGGGACCAAUAGACAAUCUCAUUCAUUUCCCACCCCUGCAUGUUGAGUCCACUCAAUCAAUCAUCAAUUAUUGUCUCGUUCACCACUUGAAUGCCUCCAUGGUCAAGAAACGAACUCUGGAUCAAGCUUAAAACGCAGAAGCAGCAGCUUCAAAUCUGUCAGCCUUCAAUACAAGAUCUCAAUUUUUUAUACCUAUCACCCCACCUUUCAACCGAUAUAUGUAUGUGCUUUUGCUCGGCCGAAUUAAUUGCCAAUCUAGCGUCUUCUGCCGCAAAAGGUUUUUUUUCCUCACUCGCCUAGUGAAAUUUUUACCGAUGUGAAGGGGUUCCUGAACAUACCGUCGCUCGGCCUUCCGGGAGCAAUCGGGUACUAUCCUACACACACGGCCCAUCCAUUUUUCCAUUGAACCACAUCAGCCGGGAGUUAUUACUCCGAUAUUGGGACGACUACCUUCACUGUAGGGAAAGGCCAUCAAUCAUAUUUAUUGGAACACAUUUCGUUAUUCAUGACACUGAAGCUGAACGGGGCCUAAGACGGCCGGGAUAGACUCUUUUGGUUCUCGGGUGCGAUGGUGCCAUUACUGAGUGAUUGGGUCCGCGCAGCAGAGUAGAAAGCUUUCACUAUUGUUAUUAUUGUUGUUGAUGAUGCUGAUGAUGAUGUUAUUGCCUCUGCCAGUUAGUGGAUUAGCCGAUGAGGUAGCAUAAAUCUUGCUCUCGGCUCGAUCAGUACGUUAUCUGGCAUCAGUAUCGAGCUUUAAGUGGCAAAUUAAUUGCUACCCGUGCCGAUUAGGAUCGCAUAUGAGUUCAAUUUGCGGAUGGAAUGUUUUCGAUUGAACUUGGAGAAAAUUGAUUCGUGGCGCUAUAAUUGAGAUCAGCGUAGUAUUUUAAUUCACAAUAAUAUCUGGUUUCCACACACCGAGGCGGACUUUGCAGUCGAUUCAUUAGUGUACGGAAAAGAAGGAUGCCUAAUGCUACUAUCCUAAUAAUCGCUUAUAAUUGUUUCAGAUUGGGGCUCGAACAUACAUGAACUGACUUGCGAGACCAAUCAACCGAGAUUAAAAAUUUGAUACACUACCCAACUAGUUAUAAGCAUCACGCGAUAGCACAAAACUGGCAUAAAAUGAACACCGAUAUGAUAUUAAAGUUGAAUUUAAAUCUGAGUAUUGCAUUUGAGACAUAUAUUGGAAAUGUAACUGCAUAAAAGCACUGCUGUUACGUAGCAUCGCAUCUUGCUUGAUAUAAUUGCAUAGCGCUGAUCUGAGAUUUACAAACGGUAGCACUUUUAUUCAGAAAAUAUUAAUAUUGGUGCUAUUCUAGAACAAAUAUAGCGAUUCAAAGUCUACGUUUAUUUAAUAACUCUUAAAACUUCAUUCUGUCCAUUUCAAAAUAUCAAAACAAAGGAAAGAUGAAAACGACAAACAAUAUUUAACAUUUUUCAAGCAGCGAUCCAUCAAUUGUUCUCAGGCGCGUACCCAGAAAAAAGUUUCGGGGGGUGUUUUCAUAAUAUAGGGUAGACCGGGGCUGGAUCGGACACUUUGUAGAAAUUGAAAAAAAAAACAUCCAUUAAAACUGAUUUUUUACCCAAGUCAUCUCUAUCGUGUCAUCUACAAGCGCGUUUACAAAAUCAAUCUACACUCCAAAAAAAUUUGAAUUUUACAGGUGACUUAAUCCAUCAUACGAUGUAAUUCAUAAAGACCUAAUUUAUCAAAUGACAGAAAAAUUUAUUUGUAAUGACUUAAUGUUAGAUGAGCUUGAAUUUUACUGGUUUCGACUGAACCUUGCGUUCUGCUAGCAGGUGCGUCUGUAUGAAUUCAAAUGCACCUUUGAACAGCCAAGCAGAUGUAUGCUUCUGGAGCUCAGUCGAUUAACAGACGUACUUGCGAUCCAAUGAUUCUCGGUUCAAGUCGCGGCGGUUGCUAUCAGUAUUAUUUUUUUUUAUUUCAAUGAAUUUCAUGGCAUGGAAUUUCAGACACAAUAUUAAAUGUUCUUCGACGUAAAUAUGUGUGAACUGCGACACUCCAUUUAUGUGCAUCUUUUUUUUAAGUGUGUAAGAAUCAAAAUAAUAGUAGGUUUAUAAGAUAUUUAAGCUGUCCGUUUUAACCACGUAUCCUGUCUAACCCCUGUCUCCCCUUGAAAUUUCUCGAUUUUCGGAGGGGGGCUUGUAUACGUGCUUGAUUGUUCCCAUCGUAUAUAAAAUUUUCAUAUUUUAAUAUUUUCGCAACCGGUGCUUAAAGUUUGUACGGGAUUUAGUAUGGUGAAAUUGAUUUUUUACAAAAAAAAAUCGGCUGGAGGUUAACCUACAAGCUCUAAAAAUCAAUGCGAGAGUUGUUAAAUGAAAGCUCAUCAAGAUUCUAGUCUAUAAUAGCCGUUUCGUUGGCUAGUAAAACACAAGUAUACAAACACAUUAUUGCUAUGCACGAGAACAAUUCAUAUGGCGUCGAAGUGUUGUAUUUAUUCUAGAAUGCAUAAAUAAUGCAUAUUAAAUUAUCAACGUGCUUUUGGCAAAAUUGGGAGGGGCAAAGCUUCGGAACAUUCUAUGUAAGGAAAUCAUAACGCUCAUUUUCGCUGAGGUUCUUCAUUUAUUUCUAAUUUUAUGUAACUCAACUUUAACUAGAAACCUUGAGAAACAACAACAAAUGAUAUUUGAUCUCAUAGUCCAUGGUUUUUCCAAAGUCCCCACUUUACUCCGCUUUAGAGGACAAAUAGGAAAAAUGAACAUUUUUGUUUACAGAUUGUUGAAAUUUGUCCCCAUUAUAUUUUUUACUAUUAGUUCAUAGAUAAAAAAAACUUACAAUUUUUUUAUGAAUACAUUUUAUUCGACAAUAUUUGAAAAUAAAAAAAUCGUUAGCCAUUAGGGUCUCACUUUGCCCCGCAUUCCCCUACUGUGCUGAGCAGUUAUUUUUGUUUCAUUUUCUUGUGGCUCUGUAUCAGUUUUGGAGAAUUCAAGCAUGCUGUAAUUUCUGACUUAUCUUUACAUGCUUUGAAUUGUAAAUUAAGUGAAUUACUUACCUUAUCUAACAGCUAUAGGCCUCGGGUGUCCUUUGCUGUAUCAAGCAUACGUCGCCACAUAACUCGGUCCAUGGCUGCUCGUCGCCACCCACUCAAGGCACGGAUGCUUCUGAGAUCACCCUCCACUUGAUCGGUCCUCAGUACCUUUCUUUCGAAAACACUGAGGGCACGUUGGUCCUCUGCCAACAUAGUCCAGGUCUCGUGGCCAUAGAGAACAACCGGUCUAAUAAGCGUUUUAAGAUGGUCAAUUUCGUGCGGUUGCGUACUUUUCUCGAUCGAAGGGUUUUUCUGAGUCCAAAGUACGCUCGAUUCCCCGCCAAAAUACGUCUCUGUAUUUCUCUGCUGGUGUCAUUUUCGGCGGUCACCAGUGAGCCUAAAUACACGAACUCGUGAACCACCUCGAUAUCGUCACCGUCUAUCAAUAUUCGUGGUGGGAGGCGUAGUGUUUCCUCUCUAGAGCCUCUUCCGCUUAUGCAUUUUGUUUUCGACGCAUUUAUGACUAGUUUGAUACGCCUAGCUUCAGAUUUCAGUCCGAUUUAGGUUUCCAUCAUCUUCUCAAGGUUACGUGUCACAAUAUCAAUAUCGUCAGCGAAGCCAAAAAGUUGUACGGACUUUCGGAAGAUCAUGCCGCUCGUGUCGAUCCUCGCUCUUCGAAUCACACCUUCCAGGGCAAUAUUGAACAAGAUACAAGAAAGUCCAUCACCUUGACGUAGCCCUCUCCGAGAUUCGAAGGGACUCGAGAGCGUCCCAGAUACUCGGACGUAGCACAUCACUCUAUCCAUCGUUGCUUUGACCAAUCGCGUCAGUUUAUCCGGGAAACCGAAUUCGUGCAUGAUCUGCCAUAGCUGUUCUCAAUCGAUUGUGUAGUAUGCCGCUUUGAAGUCAAUGAACAGGUGAUGUAUGGGUACGUUGUAUUCACGACACUUCUGGAGUACUUGUCUUAUCGCGAAUAUGUGAUCCAGUAAAUCCCGCUUGGUACGGCCCUACGAAUUCCUUAGCUAUUGGUGAUAGACGACGGCAAAGGAUUUGGGAGAGUACCUUGUAGGCGGCGUUGAGCAAUGUGAUUGCGCGGUAAUUGCAACAAUCUAGCUUAUCGCCCUUUUUGUAGACGGAACAUACCACUCCAUCCAUCCAUUCCUGCGGUAGAAUCUCCUCCUCCCGAAUCUUAGAAAUCAUCCAGUGCAGCGCUCUAGCCAGUGCCUCUACUCCAUGUUUGAGCAGCUCGCCUGGUAACUGGUCAUUGCCCGCGGCUUUGUUGUUCCUCAGCUUGCCGAUCUCCUCACUUAUCUCCGACAGAUCAGGGGCUGGGAAUCUGUCGUCGGCUGAGCGUGCACCCAGAUUGAUUCCUGUACCGUUCUCUGUAUCUUGUACUUCGCCAUUCAGAUGCUCGUCAUAGUACUGCUUCCACCUGUCGAUCACUUCACGUUCGUUCGUGAGAAAGUUACCACUGGUAUCUCUGCACAUUUCGGCCUGUGGCGUGUAGCUUCUACGUGAGCGGUUCACUUUCUCAUAGAACCUGCGUGUGUCAUUUGCGCGGUACAGCUGUUCCAUCGUUUCGCGAUCUUGGUCUUCCUGGUGGCGCUUUUUCUUUCAGAAAACCGUUUUCUGUCUGUUCCGCGCCUGUCUGUAUCGUUCCUCGUUCUCUCUAGUGCGGUGUUGCAGCAUCCUCGCCCUUGCUGCAUUCUUCUCUUCGACCAACUGCUGGCAUUCGCCGUCAAACCAGUCAUUUCCUCGAUUCGAUAACCUCGUAUCUAAAACGGUUGCAGCAGUGCUACUCACGGCGGACCUUAUGUUCCUCCAGUCGUCUUCAAGAGUCGCCGCGCCUAGCUGCUUUUCCGUUGGUAGCACUAGCUCCAGUUGUUGCGCGUAUUCCUCUGCAGUACGAAUGCUAAGUAGCUGAUCGAGAUUGAGUCCCGGCGUUCCUGUGCGACGAGUACUGUGCACCGUCGAUAGUUUUGAGCGCAUACAAACCGCGACAAGGUAGUGGUCAGAAUCAAUAUUGGCACUGCGGUAAGUGCGGACAUUGAUGACAUCGGAGAAGAAUCGCCCGUCGAUGAGAACGUGGUCGAUUUGAUUUUCCGUAUAUUGAUCAGGUGAUCUCCAGGUGGCUUUGUGGAUAGUUUUGCUGGGGAAGAAGGUGCUUCGAACUACCAUUCCCCGGGAGGCUGCAAAGUUUACGCAUCGUUGACCGUUGUCGUUUGUUACCGCGUGCAGGCUCUCCAGCCCGAUCACAGGCCUGUACAUUGCCUCCCGGCCUACCUGAGCAUUCAUGUCGCCGAUGACGAGUUUUACAUGCCGCCGUGGACAGCUAUCGUGGGUUCGUUCCAGCUGCGCGUAGAAUGCUUCCUUCUCGUCAUCGGGUCUCGUCUCAUGUGGGCAGUGCACGUUGAUGAUGCUGUAAUUGAAGAAACGACCCUUGAUCUUCAAUACGCACAUUCUAUCACUGAUUGCCUACCACCCAAUCACGCGCUGGCGCAUCUUUCCCAAGACCACAAAUCCCGUUCCUAGAACGUUGGUUUUGCCACAGUUCUGGUAGAAGGUAGCCGCUCGAUGCCCACUUUUCCACACCUUCUGUCCCGUCCAACAAAGUUCCUGCAGUGCUACGACAUCGAAGCCGCGGAUUUGAAGCUCAUCAUGCAGCAUUCGGUCGUAUCCUGGGAAGCCAAGCGAUUUGCAGUGCCAUGUGCCAAGCUUCCAAUCGUACACACCAAGAAAAAAUCGUGUAAAUUUAAGUCUUCUGAGACCGACACAUUCGAGCAUCAAAAAUGACUCAAUUUUACAGGAAAUCGAACACAAGUUUAAUGCAUUUCGAUAUAUUUAUAACUGCUGAAACAUGUUAGUUUACACGUCUGCUUCAAAAGUGGGGUAUGUUUGACGUACAUUUAAAUCAUUCUUGUGAAAUGCAAUCAUUUUACAUAUUACGUUCUUCUGAAUUGUGUCAUAUAUGGAUUUAUGUCACCUGUAAAUUUCAUAAUUUUUUGCUGUGUAGUCCUAAGUUCGUCGCGUAGGUCUUUGCCGAUUAUUCCGAGUCUAAUUUCUUUCUUGAUCGUACGUAACAUAUGUUUUCCGGGCGGCUUGUUAGGCCUGCACCAACCUCCUGUCUCGCCGGAGGGCCAUCGUGUCAGCACUGUUUAGAGUCCCACACUGACACAAGGACGGUAAUCAGCCGUUUCUAACAUGGAGAACAGACGCUGUUUCGAGCCACCCCAACAUGGGGAACAGACGCUCGGGUAGGCUCGCUCUCUGUAAAGAAAGGCAAGCCCCUCUUCCCUGUCAGCAUACGACCAAGGUCCCACCGGGGUUGGUUACCCGAUCUUUCCUAUGGUUGCUCGUACCCCAACCGGGAGGAGGUAGGGAUAGGAGUUACUGGACAAGAGGCUAAGAACCACAUUGGGGCCUGAAUUGCUCAUUGUCCAGUCGUUUACCAACCAAAUUUAAGUGAAUCACGAUACUUUUUUGUGCAUGUAUAAAGACUUAAGUUUACACGAUUUUUUCAUAGUGUACAUACAAACCAGCAAAAAAAAAACCUUUACUUUUUUUCUUGCUGUUUUUAUAAAAAUAAAAUAUUUGAAAACAAACAUUUGUAUGUAUUUCAAAGGUUUUCGAACUUCUCCGUAUAAUAUUUAACAAAAUUUUGAAAAAUCGUUAAUAUAUCUAUCGAUUGAAGGGAAUCGCUGUUCACGCAAAUUUACGGGGACGAACAUUCAAUAUGGUAUCUAAAAUUUCAUGACAUGAAGUUGAAAUAAAAUAAAAAAAAAGUAAACAAUCAUAGCGAUCAUAGUCAUUUGAUAAAUUAGGUCUCUAUGAAUCACAUUGUAUGUGGGAUUAAGUCACCUGUAAAAUUAAUUUUUUUUGUGUUUUUCUCAGCUUCCCUGAUUACUUUCUUCGUUAAUGAGCGCCAGUUUCGCUUGAACUGCAACUGUAUCACAACUGAAUCCGCUUGAUCUUAUAUUUUGCUAUUGGGUGGAGCUAUUUUUUCGUAAUGGCAUUCCUGCACAAAAAUUUCGUGUAAUACUCAUAUAACAGAACCUGUUCAAAGUCUGCCUUCUCGUAGAUCUUAUUAUCGUGCACCACGCUAUCAAACUUCGUCAGUAUCUUUAGGUGUUCUGUACUUGUCUGUUUAUAGACACGAUUUGGAGUCACCACUUUUUCUGUGUGUGAACAGUCCGGCUAAUGUAUGGUUGAACACAAUUCUCCCGGCUUACUUGGAACAUCUCGGACGGAGAACGUAGGGUUCCGUAUGUUGUAGCUGGCCUCACCUUUCGACGAUUUUGUGGCCAUCGGCUUUCGAUUCACCCUAGGUUCAGUUUUUUGACUGUCGAUAAACGCUCUCCGAACACUAGUAUUGUGUAGGCGUUAGUUUUGCAAACAUUGCGCGCGAGUAGUUUGAAUUAUUGCAAUGCGUGAGCCAAAUUUUGAUCCAUUGCUCCAUAGGUGUGAUAUUACAUAAAAAACAUCUCUAAAUGAGGGAUGAGUAUUAAUGCACGAAGAGAAAUAUGCGUCCAGUGGAAGUUGUCAAAUUCUUGUUUGUUCAUGUUCCAAUUUCAUGAAUUUACUGUGUUAAGGGCAUAUUCAGUAGUGUUCCAGUUCUAGAUGCAUAAUUUAUGUCAGUUACAAAAUUUAAAUCUGAAUUUUAUAACAAGAAAAACUGGCAGCCCCAGCAGUGUUUUACUCGUGUUUCAAAUAUACAAAAAUAGAGCGGCAUCGUAGACCAGUUUUAAAUUUGACAGUAGAACUGAUCGAAUAAAUAAAACUAGAACGGCUUGCUGGGGGUACGUUUGUUCCAGUUUCUGUUCUAUUAUAGAUCUUCCAUAUAGAACUUCCAGCUGCUGAAUUUGCUCUAACUAUUAAAUGCCUAGUUGUCUGAAAAGCAGUGCAAUAAUAGAUUCAUCCUAUUAUGUGCUUCCAAUGAGUUGGUCGCAAUACACGAACACUAAUUUCUAGCAACGACAACAGAAGUAAAAACAAUGAGCUUAAUCUAAAAUUAGUGAAAAUUUAUUCCCCUCAAGUCACCUAAAGCUUUAUAUACUGAAAAGUUUAGAACAAUAUCGAACGUUUUAUGUUUAUUUACAAGUGGCAUCCACAUCACCGAUGCGCAUGAUUCCGAAAUCAAGUUACUAAACCAAAUUAUACUAUUUCAAAUAGCUCUGAGCCAUGGAAGACCUACCACCGGGAAAAUCGACUGAUGGUUCGCGAUUGAAUUUCGCGUAGCACAGCAAAAUCUCGAGAGCAUCGUUCGAAAAGUUCUAAUUCAAUUACCUCUUCCGAACUGAGUGUUAAUUAAACUUGUUUCCGUUGGCCCCGAACAAACAAAGCACGACCAUCGAAAACGGCUUCGGAUUAUUCCUCUGCCACCCGAUUCAAGCGAAAAACAGCCGCUUUCGGAAUUUUCCCUCAUUCAGUAUAAACGAUUUCGGUAAGCUGUUCCAACAUUUACGGGAACUCUCUGGCAGACCGUUCGAAUCUAAAAUCACUGCCAGUUGGCGGCAGCAGUGUUCCGAGUGCGCCCAACAAACCUAACUACGGUCGUGCAGAAAGCGAUUAAAUGUACAUCCCCUGCCAGCGGGACCUUAAUUUGCGUUCCCCCCCCCCCAUUAAAAAUUAUAAUAAUCAAGCUCAAGUCUUCAUUGUAAUUAAGAAAGGUGUAAAACGGGCUCAGAAUGUCGUUGGUUUGAAAAAGCAAUUUCCUACCUGCUUCUUCAGGUAGAUCAAAGCAACCGGAUGGACGUAGCCCCAACGCCUGCUUCGUCCCUUUGCUCCACAUGACAAUUUAAUGAAAUCAUAAAAACUAUUCCACGCAGACUAGUCCUCCCGCGCACUGCUUUAAUGUUUCUCUAGUGGCUCGUGCCCCAUCCAUCCGUGCCCUAGCGCAGUAGGCAUGGAAAUUUAAGAGAUAACGAUGAGAACGUGCCAGACUAAAACUGUAAAGAACUACGCCCUUUCUUAACUGCUCUUGCAGAUGCAACCUCAUCCCCUUCGAAUGGCGUCGUAAUAAAAUGCCAUGGACAUUGUAAGAACAACUGUCGAGAGAUUAAAAAAAAAAUAACAAAAUUGUAAAAAAUGGGUAAUUGGAUUAAUUGCAGUCAAAAAGCACUGACCGCAACCUAGAGGUGGCAAAUGAGGGGAAGACAUUAAAAUAAUCAUGUAAUAAAAACGAAGUUAGUUUAGUGACCGCCCCGGCGGCUUUGACGUCGACGAUGAAUCAACAAUGUCUUGUAUCCUGUGAACAUUUCGUAAGCAAUAUCUAAUUGGCAAAUCUUGACACAAAAGUCGUACCACACUGUAAAUAUUCGAUAUAUUAGGGAGCAGUGAACUGAUUUUUACUAAUUGUGACUACAUACCGUUUUUUCCUUUUACUAAUAAAACUGUACAAAAUGGCUCUAGUUGUUGAAAUGUUGUUGUAAAUAGCUAGGAAACGAAAUAAUGAUUCGACUGUCGAGAAAAUGAGCUACUAAGAAGAAUUGAUGGUAACAAUUGUACAUAAGACCUUAGCGCUAGGAGAAAAAAAAUUGAAAUUCCACGAAUGCCCGCCUGGUGGGCCGAUGUUAUAUCACCGUAGUAAACCGAGAAGCAAAAUUUGCUUAGAACAAUCGAAAUCAAAUGUCAAAUACCGUAAAAACAGGAAACAAAAAAAGGGAAUCCGAUCAGAUAAACAAUCUAGCCUACUAGUCCGAACACAGAUUGAGUCAAUGUUUUAUUCCAACCCGUCACUUACACAUUUUAUUGCGAACAUCAUAAACAAACAAAGUGAGAAAUAAGAGCAGAAAAAAAAUUGAAAAUGAAACAUUAAAUCCGUACUCUAGACAUCUAGUUAAAAUAUACUAAAUCUAUGUUAUAAGACAUAAAUCAAAUGGAUAUUGAAAGUGAAGCAAAGCUGUCGUACUAUGAUAAAUGAAACAAAAAGAAACGAGAAAAAGAUAUCGCUUGUAAAUAUUACGAUUCUAUGGAAAAUUUGAUAGAGAACACGAAAAAUGGUGAAAAUAAAUGAGUAUUUUUGAUUGAAAUUAA